GAAUGCUCUGAUUGCAACAGAUAAGUCAAAAGUGAGCUCGGACCCACGAGAACAUAUCAACUGAAGGCUGAGGCGGACCCGGUCCUGUUUCUUAGUUCGCUCUGGACGCAGCUGAUGAGGCUUUGGACACGAUUCGGAUCUGCAUAUGGAUUGUAUUUAAAAGGAAAUCCCCUCUUGGCUAAGACGGUUCGUGCGUAAAGUUUCUCUACCGUAAACAUAGGAUUUAAUACUGUGUGUCGAACUAUCAUUUGACCUGUGCUUCUGUCGCCUAUACGAUAUAAAAAAAAAGAAGAGUUUUAGUUGGUCAUUACGCAGCUCUCGGCUACUCAUGACGGCAGAGGUUCAGCAGCAGACCCCAGCGCAGACGCCUGCUCAGAGCAGUCCCAUGUCUGCCCAGGAGAAGCCCCACGGACAGACGGCGGUGAUGGAAACCGCCUCGUCCACCACGAAACCCAAGAAGACCAACGCGGGGAUCCGUCGCCCAGAGAAACCUCCGUACUCCUACAUAGCCCUGAUAGUCAUGGCUAUCCAGAGCUCUCCCACAAAACGACUGACGCUCAGCGAAAUAUACCAGUUCCUUCAGAGCCGCUUCCCGUUUUUCAGGGGCUCGUAUCAGGGAUGGAAGAACUCCGUGCGACACAAUUUGUCCCUGAAUGAAUGCUUCAUUAAACUACCCAAGGGCCUCGGGCGGCCCGGCAAGGGCCACUACUGGACUAUCGACCCGGCCAGUGAGUUCAUGUUCGAGGAGGGUUCGUUCAGAAGAAGGCCGAGGGGCUUCAGGCGCAAGUGCCAGGCUCUGAAACCCAUGUACAGCAUGAUGAACGGCCUGGGCUUCAACCACAUCCCCGAGUCCUACAACUUCCAGGGCGGCGGUGGAGGCCUCUCUUGCCCGCCAAACAGCCUGUCCCUGGACAGCGGGAUCGGGAUGAUGAACGGACAUUUGGCAGGUAACAUGGAGGGCAUGGGUCUGUCCGGACACUCCAUGUCCCACUUGUCAGCCAACAGCGGGCAUUCCUACAUGGGCAGCUGCACGGGAUCCACCGGGGGUGACUAUUCCCACCACGACAAUUCCGGAUCCCCGCUGCUUAACGGCGGGGGAGUGAUGGACCCCCACUCCGUGUACUCCAGCUCAGCCUCGGCCUGGGCGCCCAACCCCUCGGCCUCGCUCAAUAACGGAGGCUCUUACAUCAAGCAGCAGCCGUUGUCUCCGUGUAACCCCGGGACGAACCCGCUGCAGCCAAGCCUGCCAGCGCACUCCAUAGAGCAGCCUUAUCUCCACCAGAACGGCCACAGUACGGAUCUACAAGGUAUUCCUCGGUACCAUUCCCAGUCCCCCAGCAUGUGUGACCGAAAGGAGUUCGUGUUCUCGUUCAACGCCAUGACGUCCUCCGCCAUGCACUCUCCGAGCAGCGGCUCUUACUACCACCACCAGCAGGUCUCCUACCAGGACAUCAAGCCCUGCGUCAUGUAACGGGACGGCGGCCAUUCCGCGGACCAUAAUUGAUUUUAAAGCCAAGGCAGACUUAACCAGCAGCAGGAAUUGAAGUGGAAAAAGACAAUUCUCUGAGAAAAAAAACUACCAAAAAACACGCCCCCCUCCCUCCCCACGUCCAGGAAAACGCACACUGUGAUAAACAACUUGUGGAAAACGGACUGGACUACUUGUGUACUGUUUUCUGGACUCUCCUAUUCCCCACGUAGUUCAGAAAACAGACUGGCACUGCGCUAACACACACACACACACACACACACACACACACACACACACACACACACACACACACACACACACACAGACACACACACACACACACACACACACACACACACACACACACACACACACACACACACACACACACACACACACACACACACACGCACACAAUGAUCCACCCGUCCGAUGGUAGAAAGUGGGUCCAGCUGCCGUUUGGUACUAGUUCUGCUGGCGGAUGAAUACCACUCUCCACGCGUCAGAUGUAGGCCUAUAGGAUCCUCCAAUCCAUGUAAAUGCACAUUUCCCUUUAUCUUUAGAAUAUGUACUUUUUUUAGGCCGACUGCAUUGAGUCUAUAUUUUGGAUUCAAAAGCAGCAUAAAAAAAAAAAAGAAAGUGCAAUGAACAGUUACUAUCGGACAACAUAUAUUGUGUAAAAAGAUGAAGGCACUUUUUAAGAAUAUAACCUAUUAGCGCAACGUUUUAUUUAUUUUCUACGCCUAUAUAUUCUAACUUUAGGCGAGUUGACCAAGAAUAUAUGCUUUAUUGGCAAUAUUUGUCAGAACGCUUACUUAUUUGUUUUAAAAUGAAAAUCAAAGAAAUAAUGUAAGCACUGUUACGUUGUCUUUGUUGUAUGUAGACGGCCGUUUUUUUCAGCACUGUAAGUAUAUGUUAGGAUCAUUAAUAUUAGAGGGUCUUUAGGACAGGCCAGUCUAUGCAAUUUUUUCAGUCUAUGCAAAAACACACUAUGAAGGUAAGGAUUUGUGGUAUGCAGUUUAGUCUAGAGAGUAAAACUCAAUCUUCACAUUAUCCGACUGAUUCCUGUCUCUCAACUAUGGGCUCAUGACAUGAUGAAACCCAAAGACCCAGGUCUGUGUUUUUGGCGGUGACACAGAAGGAAAAUAAAAACGCCAAAACACAUUGUAUCGACUGUGCUUUUACACUAUUGGCACAUGGCUGGCCCUGCCUAUUGAUGCAAAUAGACCUAACAUUACAAUUUGAUUUAAAACCCAUAUUAAUAAUUAUAAUUCAUUGAUGUAGACAUGAAAUAAAAAUGUGUAAAACUCAAAUACAGUCUCCGUUUCUAAUUAGAAUGUAUUUUCCAAUUAAGCGUCAACCAUUCAAAGGCCUUGUCCAUGUGGGGCGCAUAUUCAUGAACAUUCAGCAACGAUUAUUUUGUAUAUAGCCGUUGCCUAUUUAUUCAAUAUUUUUCUUUACAUCUUCAUAAUCCUGCAAAUGUUUAGGCCUAUACAUCUCCAAGGCAAAGAUAUAGAAACUAGUGGGAUCAAAUAUAUUUAACACAGCCUAAUGCAAUACCAAUGAAACUUUCGAAACACAUUUAUU